UCUGUCGUCGGUGUCUCGUAUUUGAAUAUUUAUAUUUGAUCAUAAAUUUCGAUCUUUGUGACUCCCUGUUGUUUGUUUGUUUCGGUCGAUCAUUUUAGAUGAGUAUGUCGAAUUCAAGUCUCCAAAUGGAAUUAGAAAACAAUGAUUUUAAAUGGAACGUUGAAGUAAAUUUCCUAAAUAUAAUCUCUACCCUGUUCAACAAUUGGCCAGAAAUGAAAUUGGUUGUUGAUCGUACUCCAGAAGUUUCACGCAAUGAUGUGUAUGAUGAUAUAAAGAAAUUUUUACGGAAUAUAUUCGAUUGUGUUUUGAUAUAUGGUAACGAUUGUGGUGAUAAAUUAUCUGGUAUUAUUAAAAAAGGUAUGAGUGAUGAUUUUCAUUUGGUAAUUGAAGAUUUUUCUGCCAAGGAGAUAGGUACACGUAUUUUUAAUAUGUACGAUAAAUGGUUUAAUGUGGAGAAUUCAACCGAAAGCCGCCAACAAAUUAUAAAAGAAAUCAAGAAUUUACCAAAACCAAAUCCUAUCAUAGAAUUUGAAGAUCUUCCGAUAUAUAAAUUAGUAUUCAAUACUGAAGAGAUUAUGUGUUAA